CCUUAAAACUCUGAGAGUCCUGGCCCGUUGAUUUGUGCCCCUUGUGGUUCUCCUUGCUCGCCCUUAAAACCCUGACGUCAGACCUCGACUUUUGCCGGUCAUUAAUAAAGAUAGAAUAAAUAUGAUGUGCAUGUGCAGGGAAAGCGAUGAACCGAGUAGGAGCACUGCAGGAGUUGUGGUCGAGUAAGGUUGACAAAGAAGUGAGAGGGUUACAAACUUGAGAAAUAUACUUGUAGUUAGCCUGUCAUAAUAAAAAAAAGCAUGCAGCAUCUUUUGGAUUAUUUGUAACGAAAAAAAUUAAAAUACAAAGUUUUCGUUUCCAAAAAUGAACUGAGUCGCUAGAUUCAAUUUCAGAUUGAUCAAUGAAAAAAAGGAUACCGCAUAGUCCGGCUAGACGUUGACAACCACGACCUGGACCUGCUGAGGGGGGGCGACAGCCCUCUGUGGUGAUGACGCCGGGCUCUGGGUGGAAGCAUCUAUUCCGUGAGUAUCAGCGUCCUCACUGAUGCCGUCGAAGCACAGACGUACGAAAAAAGAUGCAAGAAGAUUCAAAAGGGCUUCCCAGGUUUCCUUUGCCACUAGUACCGGAGGGAUCUCGACGUCGGCACUCGCAUUCGAGGCUGCAGUUGGUGCUUACCUUGAUCGUUGCAGCAACGCGUAAUGUGGUGCUUCCAGUAUGUGGCCAGCCGGGGGGACGCCGCAAGCCGGUUGUGGAUAGAAGACAGCCACAGCAACUAGAAUCAGAGCGAAUACGACAGCAACAGGCGGCCAGUCGAGCGGCAGCGGCUGCUGCAGAGCACGUUGGGCCGCGGCCAUUACCCGAUAAGCUCGAAUUCGAUACAAGCGUAAUUCAAGAUAUCAAGCGCUCGCUUAAAGUUUUAACCAAUGACUUGAACGUGAUCGUGGAUCUUCUAGACCAGAAAUUGGGUCUUACGCCGGACGAUACCGAGAAAAUCGACGAAACCACGCUGUCGCGAAGAAAAGCGGAGGACUUGGAGAAACAAAAAAUUCAGAAAGGUACUACUAGUACUUCAAGAAUCCGCUGGUACUGUAACUGCAAGUGCAACGAAUUAUCUGAAAUGCUGUUGAAGUUCUUUCCGGAAAAAAGCUAAUGCGAUUGAUUGAAACGUUUUUUUGACGUUUGCUAUGGUACGCAAACCGAAAGGACACAAAAACUGGAUUCGGAUCUAUUAUCCAUGAUCUAAAGAAAUCUACUCAUCUCCUCAAGGCUAUGUUCCGGGGAAUAUUUGUAAAAGCCAUGUCGCGAAAGACAUUGGAACGUCAAUUGUGCACGCUGGUGCAAAGAUCUUGCUCCUUUCGAAGCGGCCAGACAGUACUGAUGGUGACCGCUGGGAGGUAAAUAUCGUGGGUACUACGAGACGAGUGAGCUUUCAUGAGCUUUAUGACGUGGUUUGAAAAUUCAAAUUCUAGGCAUCCUUCAUCAUGAGUAUUUUGAUUUUCGUGGUAGUGAGGCAUAGACGUCUUUCACUAGUUCGCCUACUAAAAGAUUAACAUAUUGUUCUGCUUUUUCUAAAAUUUGGAGAUCCAGUGUGACCCGAAACCGGACCGGCGCGCAGACGGAGUGAUUGACGCUGACGCUCUGCAGUGGGCAGAAGCGUGGAAGCAGUACGGUUCUUGGCUCUACUUUCGACAUAUUUUCUUCGUUUUUGGAUUCCUCUUCGACAUGUUCAUUGUCACUAGCAUGCAGCUCUUCCUCGACUCGGCAGCGGCAAAAAAACGGAGGAAGAAGGUACAGUUUUUCCGAGUGUCGUGUUUUAUACGUCGACUGUCUAUCCUCUACUUGUGAAAGUGAUUUUCAUCGGAAGAAGAUGACAACUGUAGUGAAUCAGCAAGUGUAGUGCUACUUGACAACACAACUUUUAUCGUCUUGUCAACGGGCUUUGGAAGCCCUCAAGGACAGUCGGAAAGGGAAAAAACCUAUACAGAUCCUGGGCGAUGCAAAUUUAUCUUCGAGUGCCAAUGCCCGUGGGAAAACGAAGUGGGAGAUAAUUAUGCAGGAAGACGUUCUCGCCAAGCUAGUCGACGAGUAUGCACCAAAAGCUGGCAUGAGUUUUGUAGCUGCUAUUCUCCUCCGCUUGCCGGCGUACAUCCUGGAUACUGAAGGUCUCACCUAUUCGAUGCUUCUCAACCUCAUCAUCACUCUGCGUUGUCUCGCUGUUGUAUCAAUGUUCCUGGGGGAUGAGCUAACAAUGCCAGUGAACUAAAGAGUUGAUAGAGGACCUGCAUGAGCGAAAUCUAACUCAUCCCCAUUCGGCGUACACCCCUACGUCUAUCACCGGACUGUCUAUCGCUACUCUAGUGUCUGAUACUGAUAGUUGUUUGGACUUGUUCUUUUUUUGUUAAUUUUUGAACGCACUCGUAUCUAUUCACAU